CCUGUAUAUUUGUUCGGCCCAAAUUGCGAGAAAACUAGGCCCAAACUCUGUAAGAUUCGCCCCAAUAUAUUUUUCCUUCCACUGAGCCGACGCAGAUUGAAAGCCCCUUUCUUCUUCGCUCAAUUUCUCGCCGCAAACCCUAGCUUUCGUCGUCCCUUAAAAUCGAUCACUCCCAGACUUUAAAUCGCUCGAAGGUCACAGCUCUGUAUUGCCAUAUCUCAGCCUUCAUCAUUCAUCGCCUACAUAAUCCCUCAGCCUGUCGCGCCUAUCACCUCGGUUCGGCCAACCUGCAGACGCCGUACGACCGCCGUGAGGGAACCAGUGAGCAGCGACGUUUUCAGCGGAGACGAGGAAACUUAGGCGACCUUCAGGCGGCACGACCCGUUCCCUCAUCUUCCUCCAUCGGCGAGUAAGUAGCAGCCGUUGCCGUGAGUUUCAGAACAGCAGCGGCCGCGUGACUUCUUCCGACGAGCAGCAGGUCCAGUCGACCUUCUUCAGCAGAAUCUAGAAGUGCCAGCAUGGCGGGGAGCAUCGGAGUAAAAAUUAAUUGCCGCGGGGAGCAUCUCUGCCGGUUCGCCUCUACGCCGCUGCGCCUCCUCCACUUGCUCUCCGCGUGUCGAUCUUUCUUCUCAGAUCCGGAUUUCUCGUCCCAAGUCUCGUCCCUCAUUUCCACACAAAAAUGGUCACAGCUCAAACCCUUAGUAGAAUCAUCCAGCCCAACCGAUUUCCUCCAUCAGCUCCUCAAUCUCGAGAGCUUCAGCUCGGACCACGCACUAUCCUUCUUCAAAUGGUCCCAGCAAGCUUUCGGCCUAACCCACUCUAUCGAACACCACUCCAAGCUCUUUAUUCUGCUCGCCAAUGACAAAAAGUACCCCAAAAUCAGAUCAUUCCUGCAUUUGUUUGUGAAGCAGAGGAAGGAUAUAUCUGUUUCCGCUUUCUGCCAUGCGCUCUCCACUGUCAGCGACAAUUCAUGCGCUAACAGCAUCGUUCUAGACAUGUUCGUGAAUUCCUGCUUGAAAAACGGGAAGCUUCAGCUGGCGCUCGAGGGUUUUAGGCGGGCUGGGGAUUAUGGGUUCAAGCUCUCCGUGCUUUCGUGUAAUCAGAUGUUGGCUGCAUUUGUGAAGGACGGCAAAGCAGGGAUUGUGGAUUUCAUAUACAAAGAGGUGAUUAGGAGGAGGAUCCGUCCAAAUGUGGUCACUUUCAAUACUGUGGUCAACGGGUUCUGCAAGGCAGGGAAGCUUAACCGUGCGGGUGAUAUAUUGGAGGACAUGAAGAUAAAUGGGCUGGUGCCGAAUGUGGUCACCUAUAACGUGUUGAUCGAUGGGCACUGCAAGAGGGGUGGGCCUGGGAGAAUGCAGAAAGCUAAUGCAUUGUUUAAAGAAAUGGUGACGAAAGGUGUGUCCCCAGAUGCCAUCACGUAUAACACUCUCAUUCAUGGGUUUUGCAUGGACGAUAAUGUGAUUGCAGGUGUUAGAUUGCUUCAAGAGAUGAAAGACCAGGGCUUGAGGCCUAAUUUGGUCACUUAUAAUUCGUUGAUCCACGGAUACUGUAGGGAUGCAAAAUUCGACGAGGCCUUGGCUCUGAGAGGUGAAAUGUUGGAAUCAGGCUUGGAACCGAGUAUUGUCACUUAUAAUGAGUUCAUCCAUGGGUACACGAAGAAGGGAAUGCUGAGGGAGGCCAGGGAGUUGUUUGAUGAUACCGUGAGUGGAGGGGCUGUUUCUGCUAAUCUUUUGACGUAUAAUACCAUAAUACAUGGGUACUGCACAGCGGGCCAAAUGGAGCAAGCUGUGGCUCUAUUUGGUUCAAUGCUGGAUAAAAACGUCUCUCCUAAUGUCUCGACCUACAAUGGCUUGAUCGGUGGGUAUUAUAAGUCUGGGAACCCCGACGAAGCCCUGAAGCUUGUGGCGGAGAUGGAGGAGAAGGGCUUGAAAGCCGAUGUCAUGACCUACACAAUAAGGAUAAGCGCUGUAUGCCAGAGGCUCGAGAUGAGAAAGGCAGUUAGGUUACUUGAUGAGAUGUGGAGAAGAGGAGUGAACCCAAGUCACGUGACGUACAAUGCCAUUAUAGCUGGUUAUAUGAAGCAGGGGCAGAGCAUGGGAGCUUUGGCUGUGAAGAAAAGGAUGGAGAAAGAGGGCAAGCGGCCGAAUGUGGUGACAUAUAAUGUAUUGAUCAGGGGAUUUUGUGAGGGUGACAAAAUGGAAGAGGCGAAUAGGUUCCUGAACGAGAUGUUGGAGAAAGGUUUAGUGCCUAAUAAGAUCACUUAUGAGAUAAUUAAGGCGGGAAUGGUGGAGAAGGGAUUCAUGCCAGACAUAGAUGGGCAUCUUCAUAAUCAUUCAGCUAAAUCUUAGCUGGUUGAGGUCACAGAUUCAGCUCUUCUGGUUUUGAUUGAGAAUUAUUGUAGAGAGGCGGUUUGGAAUCUUCAAAAGCAAAUUGAAAAGAUAUAUCUGAAGAUUGCUGUAAAGCUUGUGUGCGAAAGAGUACAUAUUGAGCCUGUCGCUGGUGGACUGUGAUCCCAGCUGAUGAGGUCACGGCGAAAUCUGAUUCUCCAUCCACUCAUGAAACUGUGAUUGAAGGGACAGAGGUCGAAUCUAUAGUUAGGGCUAACAUGGAUGGAAAAGUCUGAAAGUGUUGCAAAAGCUGAAAUAUUGGAACCCUCAAUUGGUCAUGCUCCAACUUCUACUGACCACUUUGGCAUUGCAGAGGUAUCUAAGUAAAAUAUGUUCUCUUACUUCCUGAUUUUCCCCCCUGUACUACAAAGUUUACAAAGUUCUGAAGUCAGAAACUAUUAUUCCUCUUGUAUUCGUUCAUCUGAUGGAACUUGGGCUUACUUUCUCUUAAUAUGAACCGUAUUAAGCUUUAGCAAUAUUUUUAAAACUGUGAUAAGGGAAGUGUGUUUUUUUUGCACAUUAACCAAUUUCCACUCAUAACAUUCUUUUCUCUUUUAGCAAAAUUAUCAAUGCGCACUUGUAAGUUGUAACAUUCUUUUUAAACUGCAAAUAAGCAUCACAAACGGA